AUGGCAGAGGAAGCGAUUUUAGGUUACUUAAAGAACGACGAGGAAGAAGAAAUCUCCGAUUCCGGCCAGUUCGCUAUUGAUCAUGGACUCGAUCACAGCGAAGUCGUUAAUGUCAUCAAAAGUCUCCAUGGUUUCCGCUACAUCAUCGCUAAGGAUAUCAAGAGAGAUACAUGGGUGCUUACUGAAGAGGGUGAAAAAUAUGCUGAACAAGGAUCACCUGAAGUUCGACUUUUCUUGGCUGUACCAGAGGAGGGUAGCAUAUCGAAAGAAGAAUUGCAGAAACUGGUGGAUCCUGCGGUUUUCAAAAUAGGGUGUUCUCAGGCUGCAAAGAAUAAAUGGGUGCAAAUGGGAAACCAGAUAUCUAGGAAGGUUCAACAUGUGGAAGACAGGAUAAAGGAUCUUCUUUUACGGAUACGAGAUGGGCAGGAAAUUGGCACUGAAGAUAAGAACUCUCUUAAAGCAAGAAAGCUUAUUGCUAUUCAAACCUGGAAGGGCUACUCAGUGAGAAGAGGUCCUGAUUAUGCUCCAAUAAGAAGGAGAACUGCCACUGAUUUGACUCGAGAAUAUCUACAGGGCCUGUGUUUGGUGGAGCUUUUGACACCAAUAGUUGGCCUCAACUAUGAAUUGCGGGGUAUGUUAGUGAACAAUUUUGGGUCAAUGAUGAAGGCAAAAUGGGCAGCCAAUUAUAGAAUUGGUGUUGCUAUAUACACACCAAAAUUUCUUUUCAUAGUGUCAUUUUCAGUGAAAGAACGACUGAAGGACAUAUUUCGUUUAAUGAACUUUGAGGAAAUGCCUACGAAUAGAUAUGUUGAGAGCAGCUUCUGGAAUUUUGAUGUACUGUUCCAGCCACAACAACAUCCUGCCCGUGAUUCGCAUGAUACCUUCUUUCUUAAAGCUCCUGAAACAACAAAGCAGCUGCCUGAAGAUUAUGUUGAGCUGGUGAAGCGUGUUCAUGAGGCUGGUGGCUAUGGGUCAAGGGGAUAUGGAUAUGAUUGGAAAAGAGAAGAAGCAAACAAAAACCUUUUGCGAACUCAUACGACUGCAAUUUCUUCUCGGAUGCUUUAUGCACUAGCACAGCAUGCAAAACAGCAAUCGUUUACCCCAAAAAGGUACUUCUCCAUAGAUCGAGUUUUCAGAAAUGAAGCUGUAGAUCGAACUCAUCUAGCAGAAUUCCACCAGAUAGAAGAUUUUGAUGCACUUGAUCCCAUUUUUGGACAUCUUAAGAGCAUUAUUUGUGGUUCAGAUGGUGAACUGUUGGUCAUGUUGCAAAUGUUGCGCUAUAGAAUAUUGUCAAUAGUGGACACUGAUGAAUUGGAUGCUGCCUUGAUUGCUUGA